AAAUGUCGGCUACUUCAGGAUUUCGAAAAGAGCGCAAAAGAAGUCGGGGGAGCUCUACGAGUGAGGCAGAGACAGCGAAACACAUCGAGACAUUCUACGAAGCACCGCCACCAGGAAUUGUUCAGGAGGAGGAAGAAAAGCCUGAAGACUGCAUUCCAGAUUUACCCCAAAACAAAGAUGCUCGCGAGUUUCUUGCCCAUGCACCUUCUAAGGGAUUAUGGAUGCCACUAGGCAAAGAAGUCAAAGUGAUGCAAUGCUGGAGAUGUAAAGCCUAUGGACAUCGAACUGGAGACAGAGAGUGUCCUUUCUUUCUCAGUGGUAACACCGUACUUGAGAAAAUAAGAACAGCUCACGAAGACCCAAUGUACAGCUACGUGAAAAACUCAAAAAAGGAAGAAAAACUAGCAAAAGUCGAGCAGCUGAAAAGACUUCUAGAUGAGAGUUCCGACUCUACAGACUCAGAGACAGAGAGAAAGCACAAGCACAAGAAACGUAGGACAAAGAAGAGCAAACGAGACCACAAUUCAGACCAGAAUGACAAGAAGAAACAUAAAGAGAAGUCAAGAAAGAAACUUGAAAAUAAACAGCACAGACACGAUAGUAGUCACAGAAAACAUCAUUCGUAAUAAUAGCGUGGUUUGUAACGGGCUGUAUCAAUAUGUUAUUGACCCUCAACCACUUGGGUUUAUAUCAACUUGAUAAUCGACCUCGCCUUUGGUAAGGUUCAUUAUCAGGCUUCAGGUCAACAUUGAUACGUAGAUCCCUACAACCAUGCUCUAACUAUUACUUACUAUAGUACAAUUUGUAACCCGUUUAUAUAUACUGUACACACUAAUGAUUUGACAGUUUCGUUCUAGAGUGUAGGAAAAGUAAUAGUUGGCAGUGUGGGAAAAAU